CUUUUUUCAUAACAUGUCGGACACUCCGUCCCCGAACGGCUUGUCACCAAGUCAUACCCUGACUCACAUUUGUGUGGACGGGGUAUGCCACUGUGAUUGGCGAAUAGCAAUCAAUGAUUGCCAAGAACACGGGGCAAUCACCAUCAUCAACAUCGUGAAUAUUGCACUGUCAGCCUUUGUUAUCGUCGUGGGAUUGGCCCUUUUAUUCUAUCGCAUCGUCAUUAAGCAUCACGCCGUCUUUGAGUUGAGAUCCAAGAAAGGGUUCUUGCGCCCGAAACCUGUGGAGUCGAUGCUGUUGCUACUCGUCAUCUUCAAUAUUCUUCGACUGCUGACCAGUUUAAUUUUGUUGAUCGAUGUUGCACCAACUAAUUUGAUCGCUCGGUCUUUCCUCUUUGAAAUUUCAUGGCAGUUUGGCUAUGGUGGAUUUGCUCUGUACCUUGUUGGUAUAGCACAAGCACUGUCCGAGACUCACAAAUCCAUCGCGACUGGAUGGCUUCCAUCUCCGCUCUUUGUCGACAUCCUAGGCUCCUGGUUCUUCCUGUGGCCUUUUGUGAUCAAUAAUAUUUGCUCUAUCGUUGCAGGAGCAUUAGCUACCACUAAUUUGCAGGCAGCCGAAGUCUUCACCCGAUUACUGUACGGCUUUUGGUUUUUGCACAAUAGCACCAUCACCACUGCCGUGCUAUAUUCUGGAUGGCGACUGAUCAGUAUUCUCAAUCGAAACCUCACAAAAUUCAAAACAUCAGGUGCUCGUUAUACAUCCAUCAAGAAGGGCAUUUUCAAGAUUAAAAUGAUCAUUGCUAUUAUUGCUGUAUGUCUGAUGACGUUUGCAACCUUUUUGUUGCUUUAUGGAAUUUUGCGUAAUAUGAUUAUUGUAAAUUUCCCGGGAAGCAUCUUUUUGGCCGUAAUCUGGACCUACUUAGGCCCUGUGACUACCAUCUUUGUUGAACUGGCCAUCAUUAUAAACCCGGUCAUCAAGGACAACCCUGCACUUGCAUUAAAGAGCUCGGGAGGCGACAUUAUGUCUGAAGAUACUGUAGAAGAAAGCUACGUGACCACGGAAAGCAACAGUACGUUACAAGGCACCAUGGACUUAAAAACUUUCGAUGACAUCAAACACAGUCAAACACAGUACGAGCAGGUCUUUCACAAGCAUUCAGCCGGCCCGAUGAAAUCGUCCUUUGUACAGAAAAACUAUGGUCGCCAUCAGAACCGACAAACCCGUACGAUCGAAAAUUGUGAUGUUGAAGAAUCGUCGCAAAUCGAACUCACCAAAUCAACCGGUUUCCAAUAAACGCGCCGCACAAAACGCGAUCCUGUAUCGGUCACUCACAUAUUACCCAAAGGUGCCAUACUUUUCAACGUUCAUCAUAUACACAUAGCAGCUACGUUGUCAUGCAAUAGCACAUUAUAUAAAUACUAGUAAGAUUUUAAUGCAUUUCAACGGUGCAGCGCAUUUUGGAACAAUGUAUUAUCGGCUUGUAAAGCCGACCGGAACCAAGACUGGAACUGUAUUUAAGUACCAUGAAUAAGGUGCAAAGAUCCCUACAAGUUGCAUACUGG